AGAGUGCGCAUUACGUUAAGAUGAAGUUAGUCCUAGAAUAUUCAGGAAUGUUAAUGAAUGAGAGGCUUUACGAAAUAUCAGGAACAAGGAUUAGAUUAUAAAUACAGGGUCAGUAAAGCAUCAAGAGGAUAGAUGAGGGAUAGUUAAAAUAGAUAUAGUUAUUUUAAGAUAGAGAGUUAAAUCAGUCAGUGUAUUUUCGGGAAUUAUUUGGAUCUGCUAUCGCGCCUAGUGAUUUACUUUCUACAACCAUGCCUACUAGUCAAGAUUCAGAGGUUUCUAGUAACGGACCUGCGUACAGACUGAAUCCAGAAACAACAUCUGAAUCAACUCCUUUGCUAUCGAACAGUUUACAAAAAAGAUGUUGGGACAAAUUCCUGAAACUCCCUGGAUUAGGUUUUAUGUGUUCCCUUGGCUCGGGUGUUUUUGUUGCAAUUUGUUCUUUAAUGUUUAAACUUUUACCGUCAAUAAACCCACUAGAGAUCCUUGUUUUUAAUUCUGUUUUCCAAACAGCUAUUUUUGCCAGCGUUAUUAUCAAGACGCGAGAGCCUUUAUUUGGUGUUCAAGGGGAGCGUUGCUUUCUUCUCCUGAGAGCCAUUAUCGGAGCAGUAUCCGCUACUUUAAUCUAUUCCGCAUUUCAACUGAUUCCUUUGGCUGAUGCUUCUACCAUUGCUUUCAGUGCUCCAGUCUUUGUAAAUGUUUUUGCAUGUGUCUUGCUUGGUGAAUCUUGUGAUGGCUUCCACGUAGUAACUGUGCUCACUACCGUGACAGGUGUUUUCCUAAUUUCCAAACCACCUUUCCUCUUCCGAGAUGAACAAGAUUCGGACGUUUCUACUAGCGACCGCAUAAGUGGCUCCUGUAUGGCUUUAGGUGGUUGUUUGGGUAUGGCAUUGGUCUUUGUCGUCAUGAGGAAGUUAAAACGUACAAGCUAUUCCUCUAUCAACAUUGUUUUCUCCAGUUCGAUUGUUAUCUUAGAUUCUGUUGUUUUGACGGUCAUCAAUGAAUGGUCGUUUCCUCACUGUGGUGAAGAUGGUUGGUUUAUUAUUGUGUCGGUGAUUUCGUUCACAGUAGCAAGCUUUCUUCAAACUGCUGCCUUGAAACUGGAAGAGGCUGGCCUUGUGUCCAUCGGACGCACAAUAAACGUAGUUUUGUCCUUCAUAUUUCAGGUUAUGUUGUUGGAAGAGCGGGUCGGGUGGACAAGUGUUUUGGGGGCAGUGCUUGUGUGCUCCUCUGUGGGGGUGAUCGGUAUCAAAAGAUGUAAGAACUCAACGUAAGAAGUGAAUGACUGAAGUCAUUAUUAUAAUCUCUGAUAUGAAUAACGAGCCUGUAAGUUGAAAAAAAAAACGUGAAUAAUUAAAUAGAAAGGUUAUUAGUAAGUAAAUUAUCACCAGUCUCCAAAAAGUAAAAGAAGAAAAAAACGUGAUUUGUCAACUGUUGAAAAAACUCACAACACCAGAAAACGUAUUCAAAACCUGACAGCACCAGGAAGAUAUAACUGGUCAGAAACUCAACACCAGGAAAUAAGUAUUCAAAACCUGACAGCACCAGGAAAAAAGUAUUCAGUAACUCAGCACCAGGAAGAUAUAACUGGUCAGAAACUCAGCACCAGGAAACAAGUAUUCAGUAACUCAGCACCAGAAAGUAACUGGAAACUGUGUUGUGAGAGCUGAAAUGGGGAAAAUCUUGGACAUUUAUGUCGAUAAGAUAUAGUAUUGAGUUUUAAAUUUCUUACAUAAUUUU